UGUCUUUCAUUGGGUGGACGGUCGUGUUUGGUCCUUCUCUUUCAGGUUCGAGUGAGUGGAGGUGGAUUCAAAUGCCCAGGGAUCAUGAUGCGAUUUAUAGCAGCUAUUCUUGCUCUUUUUGUGAGCCUUAGUGCAGCAGAGACUUGCACAGACCCCGUCAUUUCCCCGUCUUCAUACACGACGACAGACGCGCUCAUCUCUUCGGAGACUGUAUUCGUCGUUGAGUUGAGUCUGGCGUGUGCAGACGGAGCACAGAGUGUUGCCCUGUAUGCAGAUGUCAAUGGCAAACAGUUUCCUGUGACCAGAGGCCAAGAUGUUGGUAAAUACCAGGUCUCAUGGAGUGUUCCUCACAAGCAGGCCAGCUCAGGCACAUACCAGGUUAAAUUCUUUGAUGAGGAGUCUUAUAGUACUCUAAGAAAGGCUCAGAGAAAUAAUGAAGACGUUGAUGCCAUCAAGCCUUUGUUCUCUGUCAAUGUGGAUCACAGGGGUGCAUGGAGUGGUCCCUGGGUGUCCACAGAGGUCUUGGCUGCACUGAUCGGCAUUGCGGUGUACUACCUGGCCUACAGCACCAAAAGCGCCAUCCAGUCUUGAAAUCACCAAAACAGAUGAGAUGAGAAGGAAGUCCAUUUUCCACCAUUCUGUCAUUUAAUAUGCAAAUUUAACUGCUGUGUGUAUCUUGGCUCACUCACGGGACAGUUUUGUUGCAGGGUUUGUGUAAAAGUAACAAAUACGGACAAUAAUGAUAACAGCCAAAGUGUUUUUUUCUUUCUUUUAUUACAAAAAUUGUCAAGACUUACAAUUUUACAUCUGUGCUAUUAAUAUUAAACCUCAAAAGAACAAAGACUGA